AUGGAACGUGACCAGAAUGGCUUCUGGACUGCACCUCUUCCAUUCAAGGAUGACAGACCCGAGCUACCUAACAACAGAGCACAGGCGUGGCGCCGAGCUCAAAUCCUAGAUAAUAGCUUGAAGAACAAUUCGGUCAAGAGACAGCAUUUUGUCACCUUUAUGGGCAAGGUCAUCGAUAGCGGAGCUGCUGAAGUUGCACCCUGUGCUAUUCAACAAGAGUGUUGGUAUCUUCCACUAUUUGGCGUCUACAACCCGAAUAAACCUGGACAGAUAAGAGGUGUAUUCGAUUCGUCGGCAGUCUACCAGAAUAUCUCAUUGAACAGUGUUCUCAUGUCAGGCCCUGACAUGAUAAACAGCCUGCUAGGAAUUCUUCUCAGAUUCCGUAGAGACGAAGUCGCUGUUUCUGCCGAUGUAGAGCAGAUGUUCUAUCGCUUUCGAGUCACUCAUGAGCAUCGUGAUUUCCUUCGUUUUCUGUGGUACAGAGAUAACGAUCCUGACAAAGAACUCAUUGAAUAUAGAAUGUGUGUUCACAUAUUUGGAAACUGUGCUUCCCCAUCUGUUGCUACAUAUGGUCUACGCAAAGCUGUACAAACUGCUGAAAAAGACAUUCAAAAUCUGGACGACCUUGGAGGUGAUUUAAAAUCACUAGAUCUUAGUGUAGAUCCUCUUCCUGCCCUGCGAAGUCUCGGAUUGGCCUGGGACUUGAAGAAGGACACCUUCAUCUUCAAUAUCGAAAUGGAAAACAAGCCUUUCACCAGAAGAGGCGUACUUUCCAUGGUGAACAGUAUCUAUGAUCCCCUUGGUUUCAUCGCUCCGAUAACCAUAACUGGCAAGAUACUACUACGUGAAGCUACACCAUCCGGUGUAGACUGGGAUGCUCCUCUCCCACCAAGCCAUGAGAUGAGAUGGCUUGAAUGGAAGCAGUCCUUACAAAACACAGAGACAAUUGCUAUUCCUCGUGCCUACACUACGAUUUCCUUCAGUACAGCAAAGAUGAGUUCAGUGAAUAUCUUCUCAGAUGCUUCAGAAGUAGCUAUUGCUGCAGUUUCUUAUUUGAAAGUGACCGACCAAGUUGGUGAAUCCAGUUCUGGGUUUCUGUUAGGAAAAGCGAAGUUAGCCCCUACACAAGGACAUAGUAUUCCUAGGUUGGAACUGUGCGGCGCAGUUUUAGCCACUGAGUUAGCUGUUAUAAUAUCUAAGCAGUUAGACAUACCGAUAGCUUCUAUGACAUUCUUUACUGAUAGCAAAGUGGUGCUAGGAUACAUUUGCAACGAAACUAGGAGAUUCUACACGUAUGUGAGAAAUCGUGUUGAAAGAAUAUUGAAUGUAUCUACACCAGAGCAAUGGCAGUACAUUUCAACGACCCGUAAUCCUGCCGAUUGUGCAACCAGAUGUCGACCAGUUUGCCUAGAUGUUAGCGACAGUACGUGGAUCAAAGGUCCUCCUCUUCUGAAAGAUCAUGAGCUUCAGAUAGAGGAUAACAUCGAAGAGUCCAAGAACUAUGACCUGAUCAACCCUGAAAAUGACAGUGAGAUUCGUCCUGAAGUUCUCACGAGGAAAACAGUGAACGUUGAAUCCAGUAUAACUAGCAAGUUUGAAAAGUUUUCUACUUGGCAGUCUUUGGUGAGAGCAUUCGCACUCUUGAAAAGGUCGUGUAAAGAUCACAAAAAAGUAGCAAAACCUGAGGUCGUUACGAGUCACAUUGAAGCAGAAAACUUCAUUGUACGUACAGUUCAAGAGAGCAGUUAUGAAAAGGAAAUUCAGUUAUUGUUUAGCAAGAGAGCUGUACCUGCAAGUAGCAGUUUGUCUACAUUGAGUCCAUUUCUAGACAAGAAAGGUGUCUUGCGUGUUGGUGGCAGAUUAACAAAGGCAGAUGUUCUGUCUAACAGCAAACAGCCAAUCAUCAUCCCGAAGAAGUCUCACAUAGCUCUUCUUCUUGUGAGACAUUUCCACGAGAAAGUUCAACACCAAGGCAGACUACUUAAUGAAUCCACUUUGCUUAACAAUGGCUUCUGGAUUAUUGGUGCGAAGAGACUUAUUUCCAGUACUAUUCAUAAGUGUGUCAUCUGCAAAAGACAGCGUGGUAAAUUUCAAAGUCAAUACAUGUCCGACCUACCUGAAGACAGAGUUACUCCAAGUGCUCCCUUUACAGUGAUUGGCGUAGAUACAUUUGGACCAUGGUACAUUGUUGCCCGCAAGAUCAGAGGCGGACUUGCAGAAAGUAAAAGAUAG